AUGUCUGAUCCAUACAACAACCACUACAAUCAAUACGGUGCCCCGCAGCAAGGCCAUGGCCAGCCCAACGACGGAUACUACGGAGGUCAACAUAACUACAACUACCCUCCUCCACAAGGCCAGUACGGGCAGCCUCCGCAGCAACAUGGGCACUAUCCACCUGGACCUUCCUACGACCAGCAACAGCACCAUCCUCAAUAUUCCGGUCCUCCUCCUUCAUACGGCCAACAGGGGUACCCGCCUCAACAUGGCGCUCCUCACCAGCAGGGCGGGUACCCAGGUGAUCAAAACUACGGGCAAGGCGCGCCCUUGAACUAUCCGCCACACGACCGCGGUCACUCUCCGUAUGCCCCCCAGCAGCAACAACACAAUCCCCAAGGAGCAAGCGCAUCUUACUAUGGCGCUCCUCACCCGGAACAACACCACCAGGGGGCGCAUGCUCCUGUUCCCGUCGGACAGGAGGGCGAAAGGGGCCUGGGCUCGACCUUGCUUGGAGGUGCUGCUGGUGGGAUUAUAGGCAAAAAGCUCGGUGGUGGACUUCUAGGCGCUGCAGGAGGAGCACUAGCAGGCGCUGCUGGAAUGAACAUGGCCACGAAGAUGACGAAGAAGCACAAGAAGGAGAAGAAACACCACAAGGGCCACAGGCGUGGAUCGAGUUCUAGCUCUAGCUCGAGCUCUUCUUGA